GGUCACGUGACUGUCAGGAGGCAGACACAACACUACUUUGCCGUUUUUAAAACUCUUUAUUGGGAUUAUGAAGAAACUUCAGAACUGAGCAGAGCCGCGAGCCCCGAGACCAGGACUGACCACACCGGAACCACAACCAGCACCAGAACCAGAAGUGCACCGGGGCGGAAAAAGACAUCUUUGUGUGCUUCUGUGCUGAGUUAGUGCAGCGCCCCCUGAGGUGUUGUCUGUGCCAUGGCGUCUGCAGUAGAGCACACAGAUGAGCUGGUCAGAGAGUACCUCAUCUACAGAGGCUUCACCAACGCACUCAAGCAGCUGGACAGUGAUCUGAAGGUUGACCGGGACAAGGGCUUCAGGGUGGAUCGCAUUACGGACCACCUGCAGCAGCUGGUGCAGAGCUUCGACCUGGCUGGGUUGCGGGAGUACUGGGCCUACCUGGAGAAACGGUUGUUUAGUCGCCUAGAGGAUGUGUACCGCUCCACUGUCAACAAGCUGCGCACUAGCCUGUACCGCCACUAUGUCAUCAACACUGUGCAGAAGGGGAACGUGGACAAGACCCAGGAGUUCUUCAUGAAGCAGGGACCGGAGCUGCAGAGUCAGCUGGAGUGGCGUGAUUGGUUCGUGCUGCCGUUUCUCCCCGCCCCUGAGCAGAACCCACUCUUUGCUCCGUACUUCUCUCGUCAGUGGGCCGAUACCUUUCAGGUGUCGAUGCACAACUUCCUAUCUGUGGUCUUCCAGUGCAUGCCUCAACCCACCCUGCUGAGCUUUGAUGCUGAGGUGCAGAGGAUGACCACUAUCAGCGAGGAGAACGAGCAGCUGCGCCAGAUGCUCUUUGCUCUACAGAUGGACUCUCGGGAGCAGGAUCCAGGCCUGGUCCAGCACAAGUUGCCUGCAUAUGUCCAGAACACAGACCGCCUGGGGGACACUGAGCUGGAGCUCGUGUGGAGCCAGCGCACAGCCCAGACAACCACGCUUCCCUCCAGAAACUUCUUCUCCACAUUUCUGCCCCAAAGCCGAAAAACCUUAGCCCGACCCCUGAGCUCUCCUAGCCAGGCGGCUGUGGGCCGUAAGGAGCCACCGACCAGCCAGAAAUCAAAGGAGUCUGGUGCUGUUAAAGAGGUGAAGCAGAUCUCCAGUCAGACCAGCUCCGCAGAUACCCCGUCCUCCCAGACUCCUGCCCAGACCUCAGGCCCCCUCAGUCAGCCCAACGUCCAGCCCAACGCCCAGCCCAAUGCCCAGCCCACAGUCCAGAGGCACCGCAGGAUACAGGAGCAUGAGAAGGAGAGGAAGGAGCUGUUCACCAAGGCAACCCCACAAACCCCAGAGAAGAAGGGAGACAGUGAGACGGACAGCUCUCCACAGGAGCACAGCCGAGGGGCAGCACAGGGGGGAGGAGGGGGUUUGUCUCGGGAACAGCCCUUCAUCAAACUGAGCCAGGAGGAGUAUGGAGAGCACCACUCCUCCAUCAUGCACUGCAGAGUGGACUCGUCUGGGCGGAGAGUGGCCAGCUUAGAUGUCGAUGGUGUUGUGAAGGUGUGGUCCUUUAAUCCCAUGAUGCAGACCAAAGCCACCAUCAUGUCCAAGUCUCCACUGCUGUCCCUGGAGUGGGCUGCCAAACCGGACAGACUGUUGCUGUUGGGGAGUGGAGUGAGCACUGUGCGACUGUACGACACUGAUGCCAAGAAGAACCUAUACGAGAUCAACAUUGACGAGGCAUAUCCACGGAUCCUGUCCCUGGCGUGCAGUCCUAGUGGCUCGUCCUUUGUGUGUUCGGCUGCAGCCCUAUCUCGCUGUGGGGGGGCUGAGACUCACUGUGUCCCUAUCCCUGUGUCGGGACAGCUGCUUCUCUGGGACACCAAGACCGUCAAACAGCAGCUGAGGUUCUCUCUGGAGCCGGAGCCUGUGGCCAUAAACUGCACUGCCUUCAACCACAACGGCAACCUGCUGGUGACAGGGGCCGCCGACGGUGUCAUCCGCCUCUUUGACAUGCAAAGGUACGACUGUGCCAUGAGCUGGAGGGCUCACGACGGAGAGGUGUACAGUGUGGAGUUCAGCUAUGAUGAGAACACAGUUUUCAGCAUCGGAGAGGACGGCAAGUUCAUCCAGUGGAACAUCCAUCGCUGUGGGGUACAACAGUCAGAGCAGGUCCUGCCCCAGGAUGCUACAGGGCCCUUCAUUCUGUCGGGCUACAGCGGCUACAAGCAGGUGCAGGUUCCUCGUGGUAGGCUCUUUGCCUUUGACUCUGAGGGACAACACGUGCUGACCUGCUCCAACACUGGAGGGCUCAUCCACAGGCUGAGCAGUGAGGAGGCGGGGGCCCUGGACACGGUGCUGUCUCUGGGAGGACACAGGGCUCCAGUGGUCACGGUGGACUGGUGCUCAGCUCUGGACUGUGGCACCUGCCUGACUGCCUCCAUGGAUGGGAAGAUCAAACUGAGCACACUCCUGGCCCAGAAGUGCUGACCCUUCACACACACAGGAGCAAGAGCCUCCUUAGGAUGUCUACAUGGAACAGACCUUGUGGGUCAGAGGGGGAUGGACUGGAUAAGUUAUAAGUUACAACUGAGCCUGAUUUUACAUUCCAUAGUUUGUCUUUGAGAGUAGUUAAACUUGUGUUCCAGAAUGUAUGCAGUAGUAGGUAAUGUAACCGCCACUCAGCAAACAUAGCUCAGUGUGGCACACAAUUUAUUUGUACUGUACAUUCUACUUAUAUAACUUAAAAUGUUAUCAUUUUAAAACACAUAUUGGGUACCUAUGGAAAAGGUGCAAAGGUCUGUGUUGCUGCGGACCCGGGUUCAGGCCUUUCUGUGUGACUUUUGCAUGUUCUCCCUGUUUCCUCUGGGCAGUCCAGUUUCCCCCAUCAACUCAAAAUCUGCACAAUAGGUCAAAUACUCCAGCUAAGGUAGAUCUGGAGAUGAGUCCCCCAGUGGCACACUGCUCCUCACAGGGUGCCCCAGCGACAUUGAAGGAUGGGUCAAAUGCAGAGGUCAAAGUCGACCUUAGCCUGGACAUUACCCUAAGUGCAAAUGUUUCACAAUAUUACCACUUUGACUGAGUAUUAACAUGCAAUUAAUCGCAUUCAUUGUGUUAAUGCAAGUCAUUAAAGCAAAGAUCCAGUAGUGAAA